AUGGCCAUUUGGUUUUACUUAGUUCUUUAAAUGAUUUUUAAUUAGAUCUUGUCUUAAAUGAUAUAGUUGAAUCCAUAUUACUAAUUCUAUUAAUAAGAAUUUGAAUUUAAAGAUGAUGAUUUUAACGAAAAUGAUUGCUUUAUCUAUGGAAUAUGGUCUAAAUAUAAUCCUCUAAGCAUUAUUUCUUAAGUUGGUUCUAUAGGAUUGUUUGACAGCAACUAUUACCAUAUACAUAAUAUAGUUGGCAAAUCCUCUCAAAAUUUGAAUCUUAUAUAUUAUGAUUACUUAGAAUAUAACUCUUAAACAAUUUAGAAGACAGUUGAAUUUAUGAAUGAGAAUGAUAAAAUAUUCAAAUUUGAAAUUAGUAUAGAUGCUUUUCAAUAUGAAAACAUUUGGUAUUUUUUAGAAAUUAUUGAAUGGCCUGCGUAAUAUCGAUUUGAAAUCAUAAUAAUUUAGGAAAAUAAAAUUCGAGUUCAUGAAAUUAAAUAAAUAAAAAUGCCUUUCAGAGAUACAAAGAUAGUGUUAAGAUUUGGAGGGGAUUUGGUAGUAACAAAUUCAUAAAUACCUAUACCAUCUACAAAAACAAUUUAAAAGUUUACGUAUUUUCCCGGCUUUAUUAUGAUAUAAAAGUUAGCCAUAAAAAAGUUAAAAUUUGAUAUUGAUUUGAUUGCAUUAGCUACAAACGAUUAUAAUAUUUAUGGAAAAUGUUAUUGUAAAGUGACUGAAAACUUUUAAAUAGAGGACUUUCAAAUUAAUAAAUUGGAUAAGAAAAUUUAUAUUUCAUAAAAUACAAAUUGUGAUUCCUUUAUUUUAUCAGGAUGGUUUAAGAUUAAUGAUAUUAUUUCAUCUGCUAAUGAGUUUGUCUAUAAAUUAAUUAUGUUAUCAGCGAAUUUUGAAAACUCUCUUUCCAAUAAAAAUCUAUAACCUUUUUAAAUGAGCUAUUAUCUAUCGUCUAAUGAGAAUAAAAUAUUGGUAACAACAUAUAGUUAUGCUUUUCCAGUUAUUUCUAUUGAUUUUUCAGAUGAUCCUUUUAUUAUAUAAAAAGAGCUUUUAAUUAAGAAUUCUAUAAAAGUAUGGCAUAAUGUUUUUGUUAAUUUAUAAUAGGAUUUAUUGAAAAUUGUAGUUAAAUUUUAUGAUAAAGAUAACAUAUAUGAGUAUAAUGUUUAAUUUAAUGUUAAAUAAUUUCAUAUAAUUCAACUUAAAUUAUAAUAUGGGAAUCUACUUUAAUCCGCUCCAAACUAUUUAAACAUAGAUGUGAAAAACUUAGUAUUAUAGAAUUGUGAUCAAUUAUUUUAAUAGCAAAAUUGCCAUUAUAGUUGUUAAGAUUGUGAUGGCCCAACAAUGUAUAAUUGUUUAUCUUGUUCAGAGGAAUCAUAAAGAAUCUAUAUACCUGAAUAAAAAGUGUGUGUAUGUCCAUAUAAUUCUGUUGAUGAAAAAACGUGUUAAACUUACCUUGAUUCAAACUUUGAAUUAAUACUAGGAGAAAAAUAAGAUGAUAACCUUUGUUAAUAUGGAUAUUUUGAAUAUGAAGGAGAAUGUUUCAUGUGGUAAAUUGUUAUUUUUAAAUUAUUUUAGUCCUUCAAUGAUAAGAGAAAAUAAAAUUAGUUGUUUAUAAUGCUUAAAUAAUCCAAAGGAAUGGUAUAAAAAGCCUUACUGUUAUUAAGAUCUUUACUUUGAUAAUUAAGGAGGUACUCAAUAAUUAAUCUAUUAAUAAACUUCAUAUUUUUUACUAGAUGGAACUGAAGUCACUUUAUGCUUAUUUUGCUUUGAAAAUAAUUUCUUAAGCCUAGAAGAUUAGUAUUUAGAUUAUUUGUAUCACAAUUUAAAUUUUAAAUCUUUUUGUCAAGACACUUCUAAUUAGAUAAACUUUAAUUGUUAUAAAUGUUUAAUUUAAUCAUGCAAAAAAUGCUAUUUAUCUAUUCAAGGUCAUCGAUGUCUUAAAUGUUAUUAUACACAUGUAUUGAUUAAUGAUGAAUGUAUAAGAAAAGAUUAGCCUAGUUUAUCAACUUAUUGUGAUUUUCCUUUAUAUUUAAAUUCUAAGAAAAAAUGUUCUUAAUGUCCAAUAAAUAAUUGCAAAUAUUGUUUUGAAUACUAACCUAAUAAUCUUUAUAAAAAUACAUUGUAUAAAAAUUUUGAGAUAUUUAAUGAUGAUGAAGAAGAAGAAGUUAAAGUUGGAUGUGCACUUUGUGAAGAAAACUUUAUAUUUAAUUUUAAUACAGGUGAAUGUAUUGAUCAGAAACCUUAAAUUGAAAAUUGUUUAAGAUCCUUUAUUAAUUAUAAUGAUAAGGAAAUUUGUACAUUAUCUUAAAUUGAUGAUUUCAAUAUCGCCCCAGAGAUUAUAAAUUGUUAAAAGUAUUUAAAUAAUUGCAUAUAAUGUUUGUUAUCGGCUGAAUCAACACUAAAAUGCAUCAUAUGUUAAGAAGGUUACACAAGUUCUAUAAUAAAUGGAGAUUGUUAUAAAAACGAAUUAACAAAUUCUAAAAUUGUUAUUGAAGGUGAUUUAAAUUUAAAAGAUGGUUGGGUUCAAAGAAUUCAAAGUUUUAUGAUGCAAUAUUUACCAAACAAAUAUUUUUAUCCUAAAUCAGAAUUUAACUCAUAAAUUUAAGCAAUGAUCGUAGAAUGCUAUUCAGAUUAUAAAUAUUUUUUAAAUUUAAAAUGUGAAAAAUUUUGUGAACCUUCAUGUUUAUAAUGUUCAAUUAAUGCUGAUGGACCUUAUUGUUAAAGAUGUCCUUUAAAUUAUCAUUAAUAACCUAUUCGAGAUCUAGAAAAUGGAUAAUGUUCAGAAUGUUCAUAAUUAUGCUAAAUUUGCUAUAGUAGAACUCCUGAAGAAAUUUAAGUAAUUUAUAAUUCUUAUCAAAAAUUAGAAUUUAUAACCUAGUUUUGUCUUAAAUGAAACCAAUAAAAUGUUUACAAAAAAAUGUUUGAAACCUAUUAAUACUCCUAACAUUAUUUAUGAUUCCUAUUCACAAACAACUAAAUAUUGCUUUUAAUCUAAUUGUCUUAAUUAAAUUAAGUAUCAUGUGAAAAUUACUUAUUGCGGAGGUUACUUUGUAUUUUGGCCAUUUGGUUUCGACUAUGGUAUCAAUAUAAAGUAUUGUAAUCAAAUGGGAAUAGAUGCAAUAACAAUUGUUAUUCAAUUUUAAAUUUUUGAAUAAUUUUGCGGAAUUAGAAAUGUUUUAUCUAUUUCAAAUUUCUUAAAGUCAAAGAUAUUUUCACUUCGCAAUAUGUAUUUUUUAAUGACUUCUGUUGAUAAUAUAAUAUUGAGUACUCUCUAUUCGAUUGAGAUUAGUUAUUUUGAUAAAAUAGAAUUUUAAAAUUUAGCCAUUUAAUUUAGAAAUUCACAAUAAUUUAUCAUAAAGAAUAAUAAUAGUAAAGUGGAUUUAAAAUUAAUUAAUUUUGCUUUUAAUUCAUGCAAUAUUACAAGUGUUCAAUCUUUGUUUUAAAAUGAAUUAUUUGGUAAUAUUGUAUCCAAUAAUUUUUCCAUUUAUAAUUCCAUCUUUAUUAAUUCUUCAAUUCUAAAUUUAGAUGUAUAUCAAUAAAAUGGAUUAAUUACAAUUAAUAAACUACUGAUUUAAGGAUGUUUUUUCGAAGACUCCAACUUAUUUUAAUUUGGAAACAACAAAUUUGAUAUUUUAAUUGAGGAGUUAAUUAUAGAAUAAUGUGAAUUUUAGAAUUCUUCAAUUUUUAUGUUUUUUAACAACCUAAGAGAUAUAACAUUUUUAAAUAUUUAUAAUUUAAAAAUUCAAAAUAAUGUAUUUAAUCAUUCAUAUUUUAUUAAAAAUGCCAAUUUAGUUUAAAUAAGUUUAACGAAUUUUAACUUUAGCAAGAAUAAUCUAUUUACUUCAAAUUUAAUAUCAUUUAACUAUCAUUUAACUUUAAAUAAUUCCUAUAUAUUUGAAAAUAAUUUUAUUGAAUCAUAAACAUUGAUUUUGCUAUAGAGUCUAAGUUUUUAAGAAGCUAAAAUUAAAAUUACUAAUUUAUUUUUGUAAUAAAAUUCAUUUCAAGAUACCAGUUUUUUGUUCUUAUAUUCAAAUAAAUUAAACAAUUACUUUUUAGAUUUAUCAUUAAUUUACUUAGAAGAUAAUUAUAAAUUAGAUAGUACUAAUAAUGAAAUGGUUCUUUUUGUAAUAUCAUGUGAGUCAUUAAAUAUUUAUAAUACAACUAUUAGAAAUGUUAAUGAUUUGAUAAUUUUCAAAAUAUAUGAAACAAAAAAAAUAUUUAUUUAGAAUAUUUUAUAUGAAAAUAAAAUAUAAAGUAUGAGAGUACCUUUAUAAAUCGGCUGUCAUAAUUUAAUCAAGUAAAAUAAUCAACUUUUCAGAAUAAUUGGAUUCUUUUCAUUAGAAAUUCUUGAUGUUUAAAUAAUAAAAGAGUUUAGUGUUGAUUCAUCAUUUAUAGAUAUAAGUUCAAGUAGAGGAUAUCAAGAAUAGUCAUAAGGAUUAAUUUCUAUUUCGAAUAUUGUAUUUAAAGAGAAUCUACAAUUGUCAAGAGAAUAAAUUAAUUUGAUGUCAUUAUUAAGUAUUCAUGCUGAAAUUGAAUUAACAAUAAAUUUGGAGAAUCUUAAUUUUAUAGAAAACUUUGUGCAUUCUCAAGCAGACAGUUCUUUAAAAAAUGCUGCAAGUUUAAUGUUAAUAACUUCUGCAGUAGGCUCUGUAUCAAUUGUAAACCUAAAAAGUUAAAAUAAUGCAUUUACCAACUCUACAAAUUCUUUUUUUAAUAUAAUUUCUAAUAAGAUUUAUAUGAUUAACUUAACAAUUAUUAAUCAUAAUUUAUUAACUUAGGAAUUAUGGCAAAAGUAUUAUGAUAUUGAUUUAGAUCAUAAUAUUAAUCAAGAAGACUUGAACAUAUUAAUUUUUUAAAUACUAUAAAUUCAAAAUUUUGCAGGUGCAUGCUCUAUAACAGCAUCAAAUUUUUUUUGUUAAAACUGCACUUUUGAAAACAUUCUAGCUCAGAAAAGUAGCAUUUUUGAAAUUAAUACCAUUAACGAAGGAUUAAUUAAAUUAAAUUAAAUCCAAAUUUAAUCUAUUUAAAAUGUUAUCUAAUUAAUUACAAAUAGUUCAGGUUGCAUAAGUAUAAAUGCUUAAAAUAGUUUAUUAAAUCUUCAUAUAACAAAUUCACUGUUUUCAAAUGUUUUAAAUAGAAUGGCAGCUUCUAUACUAUCAAUAAUUUCCUCAUAAAUUCAAAAUUAAAUUUCAUUUUAAAAUAUUCAGAUUUUAAAUUGUAUUUCUCUUAUGAAUUAGUUUUUUUAUGUGCAAUUUUCUCCAAAAAAUUUACGUAAUAACUUUUUAAUUCUGUAAAAUUUAUUGAUCUUUUAAAGUGAAGAUAAAUGGAGAUAAUAUUUCUCAAAUUUAGAAACUUUAAGUGAAGUUGAGAUGGCAGAAAUAAGUGGAUAAAAUAAUGCUGUAAUACAUAUUCAAAACUGUUAAAUUAUUAUAAAAGGACUAGAAAUAGAAGGAUUAUUCAUUUCCCCAAUUAUGAGAUUUAAUAAUGUUUUUAAACUUCUCCUAACUGAUACUUACAUAUAAGAUAUUAAAUUUUUUUAUCCAUGCAAUGUUAUAGUAGUUGAUUAAGGUUUAAAUAUUAAAAAUUUAAUAUCAUUCCAAUAAGUCUAUCUUCUAAGAAUUUCAAUAUUGAAAUCUAGCGAAAUUAUAUAAAAGCUAAAAUAUAAUAAUUAUUAAAUAAAAGAUUGUAAAUUGUUUAAGGAAACCCCAAAAGAUAAUUAAAAAUAGCUGAAUAUUACAUUAUUUUAGUAACAAUUUUCUAAAUUAUAACAAGAAUCUUUGUCGAUAAUUUAGAUAAAAAGUAUCUAAUUUGAAAAUUAGAUUAAAUUAUAUAAAAUCAAAAUAUAGUAGAAUGAUUGUUCUUAUUGUAGUGAUGGUUUAAUCAAUUUUAGAGUAAUCAAUAUCAAUUUUUUUAAAAUAGAAGAUUUUUCAUGUAUUUAAAAUUAAAUUUUGUCAUAUGGAUGCUUAUUAUUUUAUUAAAAAGAAUUAAUCAAUUUUAAGAUAAACAUCAUUAAUUCAAAUUUUUAUAACAAUAUAGGAAGUAUAGGAGUAGGUAUAACAGCGUAUAAUUUAUCAGUAAUGAUUAAAUAAUGUAAAUUAUUUAAAAAUAUUGCCAGCACAUAUGGAGGUGGUUUAUAUCUUGCAUUAAAUAACAAUAGUUUUAUAUUUGAUUAAUCAAUAAUAUUAGAUAAUGAAGCUAAAGAAGCUGGAGGAAUUUACAUAUAUGGAGAAUAAAUUUUAAAUGAAACCAAUUUUAUUAAAACAAUGUUACUUUUUAAUAAAGCUUAAAAUUUUGCAAAUAAUCUAAUUGAAAGCCCAACACAUCUAUCUUUAUGUAUAAAUUAAUUAGAAAUGUAAUCUCAAAUCUUAUAGCUUAAUGGUUAAUAAAUGGAUAAAUUAAAACUUGCUCCUUAUUUAAUAAUUGAACAAGAAAAGUAAUAUUAAACUUAAUAUCUUAUGCUUCCUAGUGGUUAAUCAUUAAUGGAUUAUGAAAUAACUAUACCUUCAAAUUCGAAAACAUUAUUUUAUAUAAAUGAAAUGGGAUUGUAUUUAAAAAAUAGUAGAAAUGAAUAGGUUUUAAACCUUUUCAAUUCAACGUGUAUUCUAUAAUUUGCUAAAUUAAAUAAUGAUAACUCAAUUUAAGAAAGCAAUUAAAAAAUUACAGUAACUUUUAAUUAAUAAAAAAACUUUUUUGAUAUGAGUUCACUUUCUAUAAUUUUAGAUCCUUAUGAUUAAAAUAAUAAACAUCUAUAAAUUGAUGCUACUUGUAAAAUAGAUUAAAUGAAUAAAACAUUGAAUUAUCUUUUAAAUGUUAGAAGUUUGAAGUGUUAACUUGGUGAAUUUUAUACAAAUUAAGGUUGCCAAAAAUGUAAUUCAAAUUAAGGAUUUUAUUCAGUAACAUACGAUACUAAUAAGUGUUCUAUAUUUGAUAAGAAUAAAUUCUUAGAAAUAACAGAAAACAAAAUAAAUUUAUUAAAAGGAUUUUGGAGACCUCAUUAUUUAUCUGACCAUACUAGUUAUUGUUUUAAAAAUCAAAACUUUUGUUAAGGAGGUUGGAACUAUGGAAAUAAAUUGUGUAGCAUUGGACAUUUUGGUGCAUUAUGUGAAGAAUGCGAUAUUUAUAAUAUAAUGGGAUAUGGAGCAUAUUAUAAAACUUUGUAAAAUUUAGAAUGUUAGAUUUGUUAAGAAUAAGUAGAAAAUUUUGUUUCAUUUACUUUAAUUUUCAUGUGGUAUUAUUUAUUCUUAAAUCAUAGGGCUAUUUUUUCCUUAAUAUUAACUUUAAAUAGUUCAGAAAAAUCAAAUUAGAUGUUUGCAUAGCUUAAGUUUAAGGAAAGAUUUAAUAAAAUUUUAUUCAAAUUAAAUUAAGGUAUUUAUAAAGUAAAUUUAGAUCAUGAAAGCAUUCUGAUAAAAAUGUUGUUAAAUUAUUUAUGGAUGUUUUCUCUCAUCUUUACUUUUAAUAUAUAAUUUUCCUUUAAAUUUGUAUUUAUAGAUCAAGCAAGCAAUACAUCAUAUUUUAUGGUUAAUAAUUUGGAUUGUUAUUUAUCAGAAAUAUAAACAAUAGAAUUAAUUUAUUCAAAAAUAUUUACAAUGUUAGUAUUCAUUCUUUUAUAAUUCUUAUUAAUUAUAAUAGGUUUUACAAUUUAUUCUAUUAAAAUUGACUAAAAAUUUAGAUCUAGCAUAAUUUCUAAUACUUUAUUGAUUUUAUAUAUAUUUAAUUUUCCUGGAUUGAUUAAAAUGUAAUUAAUAAAUAUUUUUAGGUUAUGUUCUAUAAUAUCAAAUAGAUGGAUUUCAAAUAUAAAUUAUAUAUAAGGAGAUGUUUCUUUGCUUUUUGGAAGUGACAAUCAUUUGAAAUGGAUGUUUUACUUUGUAAUUCCAAUACUCAUUCUUUUUGGAUGCUUUACUCCUUUGAGCCUCUUUAUCAUUAUGCAUAUUAAGAGGAAAUAAUUAGAUUCAUUAAAACUUAGAAGGCAUCUUUGUUAUCUUUAUAACGAAUAUAAUGAUCACAGUUAUUUCUGGGAAUUGAUUAAAUUAGUUCAAAAAGUUAUAAUGAUACUAAUAUCAACAUCCUUUGAAACUAAUAUUUCAAUUAAAGCAUCUUUAUUUGGAAUUACCUUGUUAUUCUACUAAGCUUUAACAGUAAAAUUUAAGCCAUAUUUAACCUCUCGUUUAAAUCAUCUAGAUUUACAUACUGGCUAAAUUUGUUCAAUGUCAAUAUUUCUCGCUGCUGUUAAAUAUACAAGCGAUUAAGAAAAUAAUUAAAUUUUGUCUGCUAUUUUGUAAACAAUUAUAUUAUUUUUUUGUGCUAAACUUUGCCAACCUUUUCUAUUUAAUAUUAUAUCAAUUUACUUCAAGAAAUAUAAAACAACAUUCUAUGAUAAAUUUAAAAUCUUAUUUGAAAAACUACAUUUUAAAUAUUGUCUCAGAAACUUAAAUGAAUUAAUAUCUAAGCAAAAAGAAAAAGAAUAAAAGCUUAAAGCUAAUUAUCUAAAAUUAAAAACUCAUUUAUUUUAAACUUCCAAAGCCUAAAUGACUAAUAGAAAGUAUUUAAAGUUAUUAUAAUUAGAAAUCUACUAACAUAAGGAAGUUUAUCUUUUUUUAAUUCUGCUAGAUAAGCUAGAAUUAGCGAGAAUUUUGGAUUAAAUUAGUUUUUUAAACUUGAGACAAACUGA